GACGUCUAGGGCAAUGGGCCUGCAAAAAAUGGAACUCACUUGACCGUUCCCACGCGCAUUGCAAUCUAAAGCCUUCCCCAGCAAAACACGGAACCGCCGCAGUCGCAGAGCUUCGAAGGAAACAGGGGAAUCGAUACCAAGAAAUAGCGACGGCCAUCAUGGGCGGUUGCGACGGCGAUGGAAACGUCGACCAGGCCGGCUUCGGCAAGCCCAUGCCCUGGAUCGGCGUCUACAUAGCGGCUGCUUCCCUGGCCUGUGCGAUCGCAAUGGCGGCGGACACCGCCGCGGGCUUCCGCUACCGGCAGCUCUGGUUCCCAAGCCGCUACUUCGCCCUCAACGCCAUGUCGCUGAGCGUCAUCACCGUCGCGGUCAAGCUCUCUGUCGACCUCAACACGCCGAUGCCGCGCCGGGAGGAGCAGCUCGCCAAGCUUAGCAGCUCAGUCCUGAUCUGCACCGUGAUGGGCAAUUCGAUGCCUUCUCUUGGGUCGAUGAAGAACAAGGAGCUCCUGUCCAACGUGAUCGCUUUGGCGAUUCUCGUCAUCACAUCUUUUGUGAACAUCUGUAUACAGUUGGGCUCCGGAGCGAUCUUCGACUUCGUGAUGGAACAUGCCUUCGUCAUGUUCCUGAUGCUGCUGUUGCUGGUGACCCUGAGCUUCUCGUCCAUGAUGGUCCCGACGAGCAAGCGCUACUUGGAUAUAAAGUAUUACGAGAUGCACGAGCCAACCCUGAAGGACAGCUUGAGCCGGAGCUGCGACAACGUCUUCAACAAGCUUAAGGAGGACCUGUUGAAGUAUGGGAUGAUGGCCCAUUCCUGCAACCCGCAAUUCAUCGUGGCGCGGUCCGUGACAUGCACUGCUUCCGGGGCACUCUGCCUCCUGAGCGCGGUGACCCUGGCGCAGGCGAUGCUCCGGUCUUACCUGGCGUCCUGGACGUUCAAGUUUGACUACUGCCAUGGCGAGUCAGACUAUCAGUGGUCGAGCAUGGCAAUUCUCAUCACGCAGACUAUUGCAGUCGGGAUCGGCACAAUCGCGCCGGCAUUACGAUGGUUCCUCCCUAUCAGAUUCAAAUGGCAGAGGCGGGGGAACAAGAGCUACAAGGAUGAAUUCAAGCCCGAAAAGUAUUGGAUACAGCAAUUCAUAGAGAUUAAGGAGCGUCCGUUCAAUUUACACAUCCGGAGCCGGCGGUGUCGCAAGCUCAUCCAUGACUCGAAGAACGUGGUUUUGGAUAUGCUCAUCAGAAUACAAGUCGGGAUCGUGUUGGGAAGCAAGGCCGUGAGGCUGAUCUCCAUUCUGUUCAUGAGCCCGAUCUUGUUGUUCUGUGAUUUGUGCUCCGAUCUGAGGAAGAAGUUCUCGCCCCCAGAAGGCUCGGCCUCAAAGCCGGACUUCAGCCAAUAUAUUUUGCAUCUCGAGGGCGAGGAAGAAUUGGUGCACGUCAUGAUGCGGAACAAAUGCGACACCAUCGAGCGUUGGAUCGAGAUGGGGAAGAACAAUCAGCCCAAACAUCUCGUGCAACUUUUGGAAGAGACGGAUCCUCGUGGGUUCCCAGGGGUCAUGGACUUCGACAGCGAUGCAGUUCCUCCCCUGGAUUCUGCAGAACCACCGAACAAUUGGACACUGCCGAUUGCGACCUUAACGAGCAUAGCGGUCGCCAUUCCAGACAUUGACCCAUCUGCCAGAAAACGAUUGCUGCGUGGUGUUCGCGAGGGCCUGAUGUAUGUCAACAUUGUAGAAGAAAGGCUGUGCGCAAAACAAGAAUUGAUGAAUGCCCGAAAGGCGGCAAGCAUUGUGUUCAUGGGAGUCGAUCUCUUCCACAAAUGGCUCGAUGUAGAUCUCCGCAAAAUUUCCCUCCAGGUUAACACCACAAAGGAUGUGCUCGAAGAGCUUGCGUGCACCGCAAAGGACGUUUUCGUCAAAUUCAAAGCCGUACCAACCCAUGGACAUUUAAUGGAAUCCACUUCGGCAUGGCCCGUCAAUGUACGGGCCGCACAUUCCAUGUACCGUAUAAGCGAGACCCUGCUGCUCGAUUGCGAGAGCAGCGACCGUGAUAUGAGCAAAAGACUCUUUGAGAAGCUAUCAAGGAUGAUCUCCGAUAUUAUUGCAGCCUGCCUCACCAACUUAGAACAUGCCAUAUUCAUCGAGUGCUCUCGCAGCGGCAUUGAGGGCCGGACAGAGAAGGCGUGGUCUGCCGCUAUUCUUCUAGGAAGAACGGCAGAAGUGAUGGAAAUCCUUAGCCAGAGGGAGCUUCCAUGUCUGGGCUCCGACCAAUUGGCGAGCAUUGAUGAGUGGCGAGCAAUGACGAGCGUGCCUUGAGUGACCUGAGGAAGGCUUUACCGACGAAGUCAUUCACAGAUGAGAGUGAACCGUAUUCUCUCAGCCUCGGAGAUCAGUACCUGUCUAUUCAGUAUUCACAAGUCUAGGGAGGAAGCUUGAACCAGCCUAGGAGUUUUUACAUGUUUCUUUUUUCAUCCCGGUGAUGAUUUGAAUGAUGUUCGAGGAAUGGUUACUAGUUGUUGUUGAAGUUUUUACUUGUGAGAAUAAUAUCGUCAGUGAGAGGAAUUCAUUCUAA